GCUUUCAGUCUCUCGUCAGCGUGUGCCAGAGCAGUCUCCUUUGCUGUGCUUCUCUGAGAAACACACACCAGAACACUCUUCAUUGCUGGUUGGGGGAGAGUGUUGAAUCCUUUCCUCUUUGCCUGGAUCAUGUUGCCCUGGAAAAGGAGUAAGUUUGUGCUGGUGGAGAACGAGUCCAAAAGCAAGCCGAAAAGUCUUGGAGCCGGACUGACUUAUCAUUCCCUGCUUUCGACUUUGCUCCACUCCUGUCCGGACCUUGUUCCCGACUGCCCGUUUCAAUGGCUGGGGAGCGUUUUCCACAGCAAACGCCAGAAAGUGGAGCUCAACAAAGAGGAACCCACCUACAACGUGCGCUACCUGGGCAGCGCAGUCACCAUCAUGGCUAAAGGCGAGGAUUGCAUGCAGGAGGCGGUGGCUAAGAUUUGGACUCGCAGCAACUACGGCGAACAGAGCGCCAAGAUGAAGCUCAGCGUCGGGCCACACGGAAUUCGCAUGGGGGUGGAUAAAGGUGGCAAAAAGAAGCCCGUCCACCUUUAUUCCCUCAACCGUAUCACAUACUGCAGUGCUGACCCCUUCCGGCCAAAGAUCUUUGCGUGGAUUUACAGGCAUCAGGUGAAGAAUAAAGCG